UGGUUACCUUCCUGCCGUUUCCCUCCCACCCAACCCUUUCCCUGCAUUCCCGGUUUCGUAAGUGCCAUGUCAGCAACAGUGCCACGUCAGCAGUGCCAUGUCAGCAACAGUGCCACGCCAGCAGCAGUGCCACGUCAGCAGCAGUGCCACGUCAGCAGCAGUGCCACGUCAGCAGCAGUGCCACAUCAGCAGCAGUGCCACGUCAGCAGCAGUGCCACAUCAGCAGCAGUGUCAUGUCAGCAGCAGUGCCAUGUCAGCAGCAGUGCCACGUCUGCAUCAGUGCCACGUCAGCAGUGCACCGCCGCCAUGACGGGUUCAUCAUUGGGCAUGCCAGGCCAACUGGCCAACGAGUCCAUUGCCGAGUAUCGACAGCGGUUUCUAGCUCAACUCGCACUAAUCGAGGCUGAGGAACAGUGCCAGGCUGAAGUGGAGGCAGCAGCUGAAAAGCAGCGGCUUCAGGCCGCAGCUGACACAGAUGCUCAGGCCCGCCGCAAGGAGGCCCAGGAUCUGCUGCAGCGGCACGAAGCCACCAGCGUCGACAAGCUCAAGUUCUGGCAUUUUGAACCAUCCGAGGGCCACGACGACGCAACACCGGAGGAGUACAAGGAGUUUCUCUCCAAACUCGUGACCCGGUUGGUUUACAAUUGUAACCACCUGCAGUCCGAGCUGACGAAUCUCCGAUGGACAGUGCGGAACCACAAGGAUCUGCAUGAGGAUGCUACACAGGCACUUAAUUCCCGUGUGCAGGACUUGGAGCAGGCAGCACCAGGACCAGAUGCUGGCGCACCCAGAAGUGCAGCGUCAACCCGCCAUUUGGAGGAACGAGUUGACCAUGUAGUCGCAAUGCUCGGCGACAUCAGCACCUUCGCCGCACCAGCCACCAUCAGCAAGCAGCUCGGCACCUUGCAGACCGAACUCAGGCAGCUGCACCGGCCGCCCGACAACGAUCUCAGCAUCAGUGCAUCAAAGCAGUACAAGAUGCCGACGUUCCGGAUCGAGAAGUUUGACGACUAUACGCAUCAGGACCCAGUCGUCUGGUGGGAUGGUUUUACAACGGAGCUUGGGAUUCACGAGGUCCCCGAACACUUGUUCAUCUCGGCGCUGUUCCUCAACGUCAAGGGCGGAUGCCAGCUCUGGCUCAGCCACAUGGCAACCAUCUAUGGCAUCCAGGUCAACCAUCUAUACAAGAAGAUCUCCUGGGAAGAUCUGACGAGAGAAUGGAAGAAGCAGUUCAUCGUUGACGACGGCCCGGCGCUCGCCAUCAACCGCCUCUUCACCAUGACCCAAGGCAACACACCGACAUGCGAUUGGCUCACGGAAUGGCAAAAGAUCGUGGCAACACCCGAUCUCGACUUGUCAUUUCCACAUCUGCGCCGAGAGUUCUACAACUGGUCGUGUGCCGCCUUGAGUCUCGCACUCGGUGAUCGCGAGCAGUACACGACCUUUGCCGAAAUUAUCGACAAGGCGCGAGAGAUCAUAAAGACCAACCGGGCUGCUGCACAUGAGAAGUCAGCGUGGCAGCUAGCCUAUGUGGAGAAGGGAAAAUUUGGUCCGCGUUCGCAGCAUGUUGCUGCAGUCCAACCGGACAACAUUGUGGAAGACCCGGCAGCCACCCCAGCAUCACGUGAUGGAGAUCAGGUGACCGCCAUUCAGCCGUGAAGCAACAACAACUCCCGUAACACAGGGAAGGCAAAAGUAGCAUCACCGGCCGGAAAUGGACAACCAGUACCAUGGGUCAAGUUCAACUUGACCGAG